AUGCCCCCCGAUCGUACCUGGAGAAGCCUCACGGAGCGUAAAUGCCACUACACCCAUAUCGACGAACAAAUCCUCCAGCUGCACACAGAACGUAACACCCUCGCGCCGAUCAACUGCAUCUCUCAAGGAGUCCUUGCAUCCAUCUUUAUCUACAUCUCCCCACUUCGCAGCCCUACAGAAUACGAUCUCUUUAGCGUCACACACGUAUGCCAACACUGGCGCACUGUCGCGCUCUCCUUCCCCUACCUUUGGUCUCGCGUCCCGAUGCACCCUUGGUCCUCGCCUCCCUUGGUUCGGAUGAUGCUCGAUCGCGCAAAAGGUGUUGUGCUCGACAUUGGCAUCGAUGCUAUGGCGGAUGGAUCAACGCUCAAAGAGUGGCGGGGAGACUGGGAGCUCGUUGAGGAGCUGUGUCGCGAGGCGCACCCAUCGCGCGAGAUGCACCUCAACUUGAUCGGGGGGCGCAUGCGCAGGGUGCUGUUGCACACCUCGCGAAGACAGACGCACUACUUCUGGAGCGUUUCUAUCUGCACAUGA